AAACAAUUGAAAAAACAAUGUUGAAAGAUAUAAUUUGGAUUUUUUUCUAUUUUCCAAUUGGAUUACAUUCAACUCAAUUUAUGCAUGUAAAUUUGGCAUAUAAACAAUCAACAAACAUAUCUAGUUUAUACGAAACUAGUUUAGUCCAUUUGGCUGUUAAUGGAGAAUUUAAUCCUGUAUACCAAAAUUUUGGAAGAUGUAGUCAUUCUCUCAUAGAAAAUAAACCAUGGUAUUUAAUUCUACUCGACAAAUCCUAUAUUAUAAAAACAAUACGGAUUUUAAAUAGAGCAACUCAUCCUGAGGCUUUGCAAAAUAUAAUUAUUGGUACUCAACUAACAAAAGAUAUCUCUGUAACAGAUUUUAGUAAAUAUCAACAAUUUUCAACAAUUUCUGGUGGUGUGUUACAUUCUAGAACUGUAACAAUGCACUAUACUGAAAAACCUCAUUAUGCCAGUUCAAUUAUAAUUUAUAGAAAUGAAUAUGGUAAACUAACUUUAUGUCAGGUUGAAAUGUGGAAUUUGAAUAAUAUUGCUAAGGAUAAGAUAGCAUCAGUGAGUAGUCAGUAUAACUCUCAUGCAAAAGCUUCAAACGCUGUUGAUGAUGAAGUUUGUUCAUUGUUUGAACAAAAUGGUCUCUAUUGUAUUCAUUCAGAAGAUGAGAUUGAACCAUGGUGGAAGGUUGAUUUAGAGAAAAUGAGUGUUGUCUAUGCAGUAACAAUAAUUGGAAGAGGAGAAAUUAUCAGCGACAGAUUAAAAAAUCUUCGUGUAGCUGUUUCCACUAAUGACGAGACUCCUACACCGCAAACAUCAUUAAAGUGUGGUCUUUAUGAUGGACCGUUACCACUCUAUACAACAAUUAGAUGUCCAAAAUCAACAGUUGGUCGUUAUUUAUCAACAACUAAAAUUUUUAAUACCAACAGUCAGGCACUGAUUAUAUGCGAAGUUGAUGUUUUUGGUUUUUACUUAGAUGGCAAUUUUACAAUAAAUACGAUAUUUUACAAUGAAACUAACUAUUUAUACAAAACUAAUGUACUCACUCAAGAUUGUAACAAACAUAAAAAAGCUACAACAGAUAUUUCAAAUUUUCAAAUUUCAUCAUUUCAGCUAACAAUCCAAGGAGUAAACAUUGAAAAUGCUUGUAAGAUGGGAGUUUUUGACCUAAUCUCUUCUUUCAAAGUGGAUUUUAGAGAGUUUAUCAAUGAUUGUAAACUUUUACAUGCAGUUGAUGGAUAUUUUACUGAGAGAGAUAUGCUUGAUACUUGUACAUAUCAGUGCAAUUGUGAUAUUAACAAUUGUCAAUCAUUCUCAAUUGUUUAUUCAUCAAAUAUGGAUAUGUUGCACAAAGAAAUUUUUAUCUUUUUCAAAUAUUAAUGUAACAUUUUUUUGUGAAGAUGAAUUCUUUAAUCUCCAAUCUUUUAUUUGGUUUUUUUUUGUGACAGAAUGAGCAGCAGUCUUUUGCACAUUUUAAAAUGUUAU